AUGGAGAAGGAUUCACAAUCCUCCAAAGACUAUCCCUUGAAGACAAAGAAGAAACUUCUUCCUUACCUUGAAGCAGCCGACCUGGAGACGUCUAGCCAAGCCGCAUCACACCAAGAAGAACACCUUCUAGCCACACCAGAAGAGGAGAUUAACCCUGAGCUGAUCGAGUUCGUGAAGAGAGAUCAAUUCCAUGAUCUGUUUUCAGAGUAUGCGCUGGAGCACAUAGAUCACUUUGAUAAUCUUUGUGAUUCCUAUGGAGUUUUUGACUUUGAGAAGAAGAUGAUGCUAUUCAGCACAUCACUAGCUGGACCAGCACUAGAUUGGGCGCAGCAUGAACCACUCUCUACAAUCGAGUCAUGGAUCGAUUUUAGAGAAGCUUUCUUGGAAAGGAUUUGCAAGAAGCCACCUUUCAAAUCCAAUUUGAAUGAAGAGCUAAUCAAGCAUGUGGAGAGGAAUCCUUUCUACAAUUCUACUUCAGAGUGUGCAAAGGAGCAUCUAUGCAACUUUGAGCAGCUUUGCCACGACUAUGGACUUGGAGAUAACCCCAAGAAGAUACAACUUUUCCAACUAUCUCUAGCUGGACAAGCCAAAGACUGGGCUAAGUUCAAUGCCCAACAUGCUUUCAAGACUUGGAAUGGUUACAAAGGAGCUUUCCUCACAGAUUUGCUAAAGGGAGAGCUCCAAGCUGCGCGCCAAACCAAGAUUGAAGAGAUGCUUCAAGAGUACUUGAGAAAUCAAGAAGAGAGUACAAAGAAGAUGGAGAGAAGAAUCGAUUUCAUCCAUGAGAGCCUUGGAAACAAAUCUGAAGUCCUAUUCAAGCAAGUGAUCAAGCUUGAUGAAGACAUUAAGAAGUUAAGAGAGGAUCAUGAUCGAUCUUUGACCCUAGUUAAGCUUGAUGUUGCUUCCAAAUAUCAAGAGUUGCUGAACAAGAGCAUGAGAAUUGAAGAUACUAGCUAUGGCAAUAGCAAACAUCUUGGAUCGAUCUACAACCGCCUACAAGCCCUUGAAGGAUCAUCUCAUGCCAAUUACAAGAGAGAGAGGAGUCCAACACCCAACCACCCUCCCUUUUAUUGCAAUGCCAUCACAAGAAGAAGCACUACUCAAGUCCAUGAGGACAAUGAAGAAGAAGAAAGAGAGUAUGAGGAACAAUUGAAUGAUGAAGAUGAAGAGCAGAGCAUCGACAUCAAUGCUUCCCCAAAACAGAGCAAUGGAUACACCUAG